UCUUGUUGUGCUCUCAAUAUUUAUCUGUCUGCGUUCUGACUGGCUCUUCAUGCUCUUAGCCGUUGUCAAUACGGGUGAAGUCUCUGCAUCCCCACCCACGACAGUUCCCUUUUUCCAUCUCGACGAUUGCCAUGCUCGCCGGGUGAUCCAGGCGCUUCGCCGCAUCCUCGCGACGGAGGUUGCGGAGGAGUCGUUUAGCAUGCUGAUAGAUGGCCGACUGACCAUGAAAGCCUUGAGGGCAUGCAGACGCAUCCGCCUGGGUGAAGACUAUGACGAGAUAGCAAAGUAUACUGGGCCUAGCCAGGACACCAUAUCCAUGUUUCGCUCUCUGCGAGAACAGUUCGAUCUGUCACACGUACUAAUAAAGGCAUCUUCCGCCGAGAGGUUCCAGCGCUCUGCUGUGCAGGCAUCGUCUGCGGAUUUUCAGCGUGGUCUGCUCGACCUGGUUGUUUCGAUGGUCCAUGACCUUGCCGUCAGCAUUUUUGAAGAACUUCACCGGUCCAAGUACCAGAACACACCUCAUCAAGGCCCCGAACGCGCUCUGCUCCCGGACUUCCGACAUCCAAAAUACCUCCAGUCUUAUUUGUAUCCACACGGGCCGAUUGAGCUUGUCGGCUACUGGAUGGAAACAAGGUUGUUUGGGGGAGUGGUCGUUUUUGAACAUGGGAAUCCCCUGGGUGAGGUCAGCAUAAAUCCCCAACCCUUGUCAGUAUUUCUGUGUAUCCUGUAUACUUGUUCAAAAGUACCUUAUAUUAACCGAACACAGCCUGGAGCUCCCUGGAUCCAUUUCCCUUAUGAGGGAAUCAUGCGGAUGUCUGACAAGCAACUUGAUGCUUUCACCCAACUUGCUUUUACAAUAUCCCCUGUGUCUGACGCUGCAGCAGUGAGCAAUCUCCUACCAUUCAAAGCCGAACCGGAUGCACAAUAUGUUGAUUCAUUUGAUGCCUACAAAUUCGGCUUGUUUAGAAACUGCUUUGAGCGCAAUCCACCCCCAAACAUCAGUCGAUUUAGUUGCACUGCCAUGGGGAGGAAUGUCACAUACCCAGACUGGGUGCGUGAGUAUCUCAAGAAGUCAUGA